UGUGUGUGUAUUAUAAAUUCUAUCGAGAGUGGUUGUUGGUGGUGCCAAUGUUAUUAUAUUUAUUUAAAACUUAAAUUUUGUGGGUAAAUGCACAAAUGGAUUUGUACGACGAUAUUGACACCAAGCCAAGAAGUAGCCAAAUAGAUGGGUGGUCGUCAGGCAUAAAAAUGUUACAAACGCAGUUAGCAGUAAAGAAAGCCGUAAAGAAACCGCUGAUGACUCCGGUUGUCAACCUGCGAGCCAAACGCCCUGCAGAGGCAGAGGCUCCGCUAUCCUUAGCUCCCAUGGCAGCGUUGGCGACGACAAAGCCUGUAAUUACAGGCAAGGCUCUGCCACCGCCAAUGCUGGAGAGCUUGAAAAUGGACGACUGGGACUAUUUAGACGAAUACGACCCACAAUGGCCAAAUGAAUAUGAGAAAUUAAAGGAAAAGACCAAAAGUGGUGAGAAAUCCCGAAACAACAGUGGGAACGGCAGUGGAAGCUGUCGCGAGGAACGCGAAAGAGAAAGGGAGCGGAAAAGAGGACGCGGCGGGCGUCGAGAAAGCCACAGAGAGGAUUCGUCUCCGACGAAUAUAAAAUUUAGCGGAUUUGGUAAUCGACAAAACGUGGAAGAAAGAUACAGUCCACCGCUCCCGGGCUUUGGUGCUAAACAGGGGGGCGGAGCCGCCAUUGCUCCACCGCCUUCCCUACAAGAGAUAUUCAUUGAAAAUGGGGACGGAUCGUCAAACGUUACCAUACCAUAUUCUGCCACCUCGGUGGCCGCCAAGAUUAUGGCCAAAUAUGGCUUCAAGGAUGGCCAGGGCCUAGGAAAGUCCGAACAGGGAAUGUCGAUGGCUCUGCAAGUGGAGAAAACUUCGAAGCGAGGGGGUCGCAUCAUUCACGAAAAAGAUGUAUUUCUGCCGCCCUCGUCGCCGCCAUCUGGUCCCAUUGACUCACCAUCGGAACAAGCAGUGCAACCGUCCCAGCUGCUGUGUCCAGCGCCUCCUGCCAACGGCGAAGACGAGCCCAGCAUCACCGAGAUCAUGAAGUCCCCUAGCAAAGUCGUCCUGCUUCGUAACAUGGUUGGGCCCGGAGACGUUGACGAGGAGCUAGAACCAGAGGUGAAGGACGAGUGUAACACAAAGUACGGCGAAGUAACAAGCGUUAUCAUCCACGAGGCGUUUGGCACUACUCCCGAAGAUGCUGUAAAAAUAUUUGUGGAGUUUAAGCGCAUAGAAAGCGCUAUUAAAGCUGUCGUGGACCUAAAUGGACGUUUCUUUGGGGGCCGACAAGUGCGAGCUGGAUUUUACAACUAUGAUAAGUUUAAAAGUUUUCAGUUAAAUUAAUUGUAAUAAAGGUGCUGUUGCAUGCAAAAAACCGGAAAA